AUGAUUAAAUAUAAACCUGAUGGUGCUGAAGCAGAUUCACCAGCUUCACAAGGUUUUACAAUGUUCAAUUUCAAUCCUGAUUAUCCAGAAUUUACAAAAAACAAUUGUUGGUACAGAACAGAUCCAAUGAAUGAUUUCGGUCCAUUUACGUUCAGCUGGUUUUAUGAUUCAGGAACUCAUACUGAAAUUCAGCCAUGGUUUCCAUUACCACCAAAUCUAAUCUACAAGGGUGAAGAAUAG